GAAUCAGCAUGGCAGUACUACGGAGAUCCAGUAGAAAAACUGAAACAGAACUGAGCCUGAAACCCAAAUAAAAAAAGGACAUGUUUCUCAGGAAACCAAACCCAAAGCCUUGACUGGUGAGUAGAAGCAGAGCAGACAAUAGGAAGAAAAAUGAACUUCAGCUUUGGGAACUUGAAGAAGGUAUGUCUAAGAGGUCUUGUCUCCCACAUAAUGGCUGCCUUGAGCUCUGUCUGAGGAAGAUUCUGGGACUGUGUCUGGGUGGGGAAGAAAUUAGUAAUUAGUGUUAUCUGUUACAGUUGUGGAGUACUGAGUGAUGGCAGGCAGGGCAGCAUCAGAUUUUUACCAUUCUUUGCCGCGAGGAAAGGCCACGUGACUAAGAAUAAGCAGCACCUGACGUUUGGAGAGUUCACUGAACGUUUUCAACUUAUUUCAAGUCAACUGGCUUGGUUUAUAGCAAUAUCAGUGUAGAACUUGUUGCUGAAAUUAUCUUACUUAUAUAAGAAUAAUUUUACUGCUGUUGAUCCAUUAGCAUAUGUUGGACUUAAGUGUGUGAAAGGUGAUCCAUGAAAAAAAUAGAGUAAAAGAAGUUCUGUCCUAAGCAGGAUGGUCUACAUAAUUUGUGGACUCAGGGCCUGAAUUGGGAAAGUCAAAACCCCAGGCAGAGUGGAACAUGGAAAACAGCAGCCUCUCUGCCAGUGUUGAGGAGACUCACCCAGUUUAGACAGGUGGUCAACGCAAACACUCAACAAAGCUGUCAGUAGAAAUGAUCGUCCUUUAGGUGGACGGUUGGGAAGAAUCACAUUUGUGGUCAAAGACAGCAUAUCCCUGGCUGAGACUGUUUACGUAUAUAGUGGAGACUGAAGAGAGCCCAAGCCCUUCACAUGCUUCUGGUUAAUCCUGGGUCUGAGUGUGUGAGUGUAAGAGACUCAAAAGGGCCCAGAAGAAGUUAAAACCCAGGAGGCUUAAAGACAGCCUGGAUUUUAAAUGUGUUCCCCUACCCACAAACAUAUCCAACAGCAAUGAAUGGGAGCUUUACUGGUUCAAGGUGUUAGAGCACAGUAGAUGUGCAAUCAUUAGUUGACCACCAAGCUGCCCAGACUCAGGAGUAACACCUAGCAAGCCAGGUUUAAAAAUGAAGGAUAUAUAUUUAAAAUCACAACAAUUUAUCAGAGACACUAGUGACUCGGGACACAAAUAUAGCCCAGGCAAGUUAUUAAACAAAGCAGUAGCAACAACAACCUCCAAGAGAAAAAAAAAUACCAGAAUCAAAGUAGCUGUACUAUAUUAACUAGAAUGUCCCAUUUUUUAAGAAAAAAAAAAUUAAGAGACUUGCCAAGAAACAAAGUGUGACCCACACUCAGGUAAAAGAAGCAAUGAAUAGAAAUCAUCUCUUCUGAAUGGAAGCACUGAAUAGAAAUCUUCUGUUAUCAGCUAUUAGCAGACAAAGGAAGGCAACUACUAUAAAUAUGUUCAAAGAACUAAAGGACACUUAUUUAAAGAAUUAAAGGAAACUAACAAUAGAUCAACAAAUAGAGAUUCUUAAUCAGGAUAUAAGAUUAUUAAAAGUACCAAGUAGAAAUUCUAUACCUGAGAAGAAUAAUAGCUGUAAAAAAGAAAGAAAAUUUCACUAAAGGGGCUCAUCAGCAGGUUUGAGCAUGCAGAAGAAAGAAUCCGUGAACUAUAAAUUGGUAGAAAUUAUCUAAUCUGAAGGAUAAAGACAAAAACGAACAGAGCCUCUGAAAACUAGUGGGAUAAGAUCGAGCAUAGCAACGUCCAUGUAAUGGGAGUCCCACACGGAGAGAAAAGAAAGGACGGAAACAUUUGAAAAAAUAAUAGCCCCAAACUUCCUAAAUUUGAUUUUUAAAAGGCAUUAAUCUAUAUAUCCAGAAAGUUCAAAGAAACCGAAGUGGGAUAAAUAUAAAUAGAUCCACACCUUGACACAUUGUAGUCAAACUGUGAAAAGCAUAAACCAAAGAGAAAAUCUUGGAAAAAACAGCAAGAAAAAACAACUCAUCAUCUAUAGGCAAACAUCAAUCCAAUGACCAGCUGGCCUCUCAUCUAAAACCAUGGAGGCCAGCAGGCAGGAGAAGGACAUAUUCAGAAUGCAGAAAGAAAAGUAACUGUCAAACAAGAAUUCGGUAUCUACCAAUACUAUUCCUCAAAAAUGAAGGCAAAAUAAAGGCCUCCCCAGAUAAACAAAUAUUGGGCAAAUCUGUUGCUACCAGAUCUGUCUUAUGAGAUAUAGUGAAGGAAAGAAGUCCUCUGGAAAAGACACCAAAAAGCCACACAAAUCCACAGGAAGAAAUGCAGAACACUGCAAAUAAUAAAUAUGUAGGUUAGUAUAAAAUAUUACAUUAAUAAACCUUUUUUUAUCUUUCCCCAACUUCCUUAAAAGACAUAAGAAUGUAUGAAAUAUUAUUAACACUUUGGUGUUAUAUUUAUAAUCUGUAGACUGAUUAUACAUGACAGUAAUAGCACAAAGGCAAGAGACAAUGGUAUUAUAUUAGAGCAAAUUUCCUAAAUUUUCAAAUUAAUAUUCAUCUGAGGAAGUCUGUGUUAAGUUAAAAUGCAUGUUGAAAUCCCUAGGGUGGCCACAAAGAAAAUAAUUCACAAAAAAUAUAUACAGUAAAUCCACAGAAGAAUUGCAAUGUCACACUAAAAUAUUUGUUCCAUGCAAAGAAGGUGGUCAAAGAAGAGCAAAUAGUCAAAAAGGACAAGAGACAUCUAGGAAAUCUAAGGUAGGUCUUUGGUAAAACUUCUCUUUUUGCUGUCAUGUGAUUUUGGUGAAGAGGGAUCUAGAACAAACAGGGCGGCCUACUUAAUUUGUGGACUCCGAAAUGCAGGGUCCUUGUUCAAAAGGUAUUAGGAGUUUCACGAUGGUGGCAGCAGACUUUGGAAAAAAAAGAAACAAGGGGUCCUUCUGAGCCCAGGGCUCUGUGACUGCAGAAGUUACUUACUCAUGAAACUGUCCCUCAUGACAGGUAAGAAGCUAUCGUAUCCCAGGUUCCCGCUCUUUCAAUAAGUCUCCUCUGGGAACAUAAUACCUUCUAUUGUAGUCUUUCCCUGUUGUCUUUUCCUUUCCCAUACUUGAAUCCUGAGUCUCCAGCAUUUGGGAAGAACUCAACCCUUCGCAAUUAAAAGUCCACGAGAUGGGAUCCAAGCUCUUGUAUCCACGUGAGCAGCUCUGACUACACUUUGCUACAGAUUUUUUUGUUUUUGCAUUAAAACCUGUAAUUCCCUGCUUUGUGCUGACUCUGUGGUUUUCAAGGGCAGUUGGCAUUUUCAACAAAGGCAGCAAGUCAGUCUCAAAGAAGAACAUCAUUCUAAGUAGCUGAUAUUCAUUAACUCACCUGACAAUGUGUAGUAAAUAGGAAAGCCAUGAAGGGUCUGUGUGGGAUCAUGCUGGCGCUAGCUGAUGGACUUGUUAGGGUAGCCGUUACCUCGUGGUUCAGCUGUGCAAUGAUCUCAUCGUGUCUUCAUAAUUAGUCUUUAUGACUACCGCGCACAUAAUUGACUGGGAUGCAGUUCACUAACGUCGGACACACCGGAGAGCACUCUGUGAGAUCAUGGCCCUAAAUCAGGCCAGCCAGCUCUACUCAGGCUCUGACAGAAUAAUUGAUGGACACCAGUGAGUGGUGAUACUUGUUUUCUUGGCUCUGAGAAAUGUCAUACAAGGAAUGACCCCACCUGAGGCACCUACAGGCACUUGGUGAGAAAAACACCAACACAGGCUCGGACCAUGGUGCAGUCCCACCGGCUCCCCUGCCCCCCUCUCCUGUGAGACUGGCUGCGGGGAGGGAUCAUGGAUACUUGUCUGCCGGCUUCUGGUUCCCACGCAAGUAAGCCUGCUGUCAAUGGAGGAGGACAUUGAUACCCGCAAAAUCAACAACAGUUUCCUGCGCGACCACAGCUAUGCGACCGAAGCUGACAUUAUCUCUACGGUAGAAUUCAACCACACGGGAGAAUUACUAGCGACAGGGGACAAGGGGGGUCGGGUUGUAAUAUUUCAACGAGAGCAGGAGAGUAAAAAUCAGGUUCAUCGUAGGGGUGAAUACAAUGUUUACAGCACAUUCCAGAGCCAUGAACCCGAGUUCGAUUACCUGAAGAGUUUAGAAAUAGAAGAAAAAAUCAAUAAAAUAAGAUGGCUCCCUCAGCAGAACGCAGCCUACUUUCUUCUGUCUACUAAUGAUAAAACUGUGAAGCUGUGGAAAGUCAGCGAGCGUGAUAAGAGGCCAGAAGGUUACAACCUGAAAGAUGAGGAGGGCCGGCUCCGGGAUCCUGCCACUAUCACAACCUUGCGGGUGCCUGUUCUGAGACCCAUGGACCUGAUGGUGGAGGCCACCCCGCGAAGAGUAUUCGCCAAUGCACACACGUAUCACAUCAACUCCAUAUCAGUCAACAGCGACUAUGAAACCUACAUGUCAGCUGAUGACCUGAGGAUUAACCUUUGGAACUUUGAAAUAACCAAUCAAAGUUUUAAUAUCGUCGACAUUAAGCCGGCCAACAUGGAGGAGCUCACAGAGGUGAUCACAGCAGCCGAGUUCCACCCCCAUCACUGCAAUACCUUCGUGUACAGCAGCAGCAAAGGGACAAUCCGGCUGUGUGAUAUGAGGGCGUCGGCCUUGUGUGACAGGCACACCAAAUUUUUUGAAGAGCCCGAGGAUCCAAGCAACAGGUCGUUUUUCUCUGAAAUAAUCUCUUCGAUUUCGGAUGUGAAGUUCAGCCACAGUGGGAGGUAUAUCAUGACCAGAGACUAUCUGACCGUUAAAGUCUGGGAUCUCAACAUGGAAAACCGCCCCAUUGAAACUUACCAGGUGCAUGACUACCUCCGCAGCAAGUUGUGCUCCCUCUAUGAAAAUGACUGCAUUUUUGAUAAAUUUGAGUGUGUGUGGAAUGGGUCAGACAGCGUCAUCAUGACAGGCUCCUACAACAACUUCUUCAGGAUGUUCGACAGAAACACCAAGCGUGAUGUCACCCUUGAGGCCUCGAGGGAAAACAGCAAACCCCGGGCUAUUCUAAAACCGCGAAAAGUGUGCGUGGGGGGCAAGCGAAGAAAAGACGAGAUCAGCGUUGACAGUCUGGACUUUAGCAAAAAGAUCUUGCAUACAGCUUGGCAUCCUUCAGAAAAUAUUAUAGCAGUGGCGGCUACAAAUAACCUAUAUAUAUUCCAGGACAAGGUUAACUAGGAGGACAAGUUAUUACUUAAUAAUCUCACAUACUGAAUACUAGUCAAACAUGUUUUUAAAUGUUUCUUUUGGUCUUCAUUUGAUGCAUUGACAUUAAUUUCCCUAUGCAGAAAACAAUUGGAAUAGAAUUAAAAAGAGUCCAACUUUCCCAGAUCCCCAGUUCUAAGAGACUUUUGUCAAACCCAAUAGGUUCUGAGACACUUGUGUUUAGAAUUGAGAGCUGCCAGCUAACACUAAUUCUCCAUAGUUGACUUGAAUUUCUGAUGCUUUUAUUGCCCGGUUUUCUCUGGUGGGUCCAGUGUUUUGUUCCUAGGUGUCUGCUGAGAUAAAAUGAGGUUGUCUGUAGUAUUUAAAGAGAAAAGAGAUAAGUUUUUUUUUAAUUAAGCAAUUCCAUUUGAUUGAAAAAAAAUCAACAAAAAAAUAAACACCGUUUACUCUUA